AAAAACCAUUCAUACUUGGCUUUUUUAUGCAUCCAUUUAAAAUACAAGAGAGCUUAACGCUGACUCCCUCAAGAAAGUGUCAAGCUAUGGAGAGCACCGAUUCUUCCGGUGGUCCGCCGCCGCAGCCAAACCUUCCUCCCGGAUUCCGAUUCCACCCAACCGACGAAGAACUCGUGAUCCACUACCUCAAACGCAAAGCAGACUCUUCUCCUUUACCAGUCGCCAUCAUAGCCGACGUCGAUCUCUACAAACACGAUCCAUGGGAACUUCCCGAGAAGGCUUUGUUCGGAGAACAAGAGUGGUACUUCUUCAGUCCACGUGAUCGGAAAUAUCCAAACGGAGCUAGACCGAACCGAGCUGCUACUUCUGGUUAUUGGAAAGCGACCGGUACAGAUAAACCGGUGAUUUCAACCGGAGAUGGUAACAAAAAAGUCGGAGUCAAGAAAGCUCUCGUGUUCUACACUGGGAAGCCACCGAAAGGAAUUAAAUCAGAUUGGAUCAUGCAUGAAUAUCGCUUAGCCGAUAAUAAACCUAGUCUCAGAUGUGACUUUGGUCACAAGAAAAACUCUCUCCGGCUUGAUGAUUGGGUGUUGUGUCGGAUCUACAAGAAAAACAACAGUACAUCAUCCCGACAUCAUCAUCAUCAUCAUCUGGAUAACGAUAAGGAUGAUGAUCUUUACCGUCUUCCUAUGUCGGUUCCCGGUCAAAAUGUUUCAAGAACGAAUCUUUUUUCGGCGGUUUUCUCCGAUAACAACAACCCGGCGGCUAUUUACGACGGAGGUGGCGGCGGAACCGGUUACUCGAUGAAUCACGAUUUUGCAUCGUCGUCUGGAUUGAAUCAGAAACCGAAUAUUCCGAUGCCGUUUUGGGAUCAAGAUCCGGCUAAGAGGUUUAACGGCGGCGUUGGAGACGGUUCUGACAUGGUCUCUUCAGUGGCGGCGCCGUCAUUAAUGCAGCAGCAAGGUGGGGUUUUGGGGGAUGGUUUAGACAGGACCUCGUACCAGUUAACCGGUUUGAAUUGGUAAUUAUUUCCGGUCGAUUCGCUGUGAAAAUUAGAAAUCGAAUUUAGAAUGAGUUCGAUCGGUUUAAUUACAUAUUUUGAAGAUUUGUGUAUACGGUUUGAGUAAUCUGGGGAAUUGGUUAUGGUUGAUUGGUUAUUGUAUAGGGUUAGAACGAAGGAGAUUAAAGAGAUUAGAGAAGUGAGGAAUGAGGCAACAUAUAGAAGAUACAAAUUAAUUUUAUUUUCUUCGUAUGA